AUUUUUUCUUCCGUUUCAGUAGAGCAUUGACACAGACAGACAUUCACGAUCCUCCUCUUUUCAAUGGCUUUCUAGAAUUGCAAAAUCCAUUUGACAACCUUACUCAUAUCGAUACAAGCUAACUUCGCCACGAUCUAUAGGAGAACUAUGAACGAAGUUUAUUUCUGUCUGAAACAGUAUGGACAGCUUUGUCAACAAUGCCAUAUUAUAGCAAGAAAAUAGAUUAAUAUUUAAUAAUCGUCCCCUAUAUAAAAGCAACAUCAAAUACAGUAUUCAAAUGGAUCAAGUCAUUCGUCAGUCAAGAAUUCAACAACAUUCAUAAUGAAGUUGUUUUGUUUUCUUUUUAACGUGCUGUUCAUUCAAGUCACUGUAGGUCAAGGUCCUCGCCGAGUUUAUCACUCUGCUCACACGAUUCUAUCUUGUUCUGUAUGCAAAGAUGUAUUACAGGCGCUAGAAGGUUCUUUGGUAGGAUUGGAAAAAGAACCAAAUAAUUUAAACGUAAAAGAAACAGUCUCGAAAAUAUGCGAGAAAAUAUCAAAUGAAUUUUCUACUGAGUGUAAUCACAUAAUACGAAGGUUUGGAAGAAGAAUAACAAAACAUGUACAGAAAAGAAACAUUGCAACUAAACAUAUUUGCAAGGUGAUAAAGAUUUGUUGA